AUGCGUUUCUCACUCUUCACCGCCGCCACGGCUGCUCUUGCCGGAUCCGCUGCCGCUGUCGAUCAUCUCGUCGUUGUCGGAAACAACAGCAAAUUGAUCUUCGAGCCCGCCAACAUCACCGCUGCCGAGGGCGAUACCGUCACCUUCAAGUUCUGGCCUAAGAGUCACUCGGUCGCUCAGGCUGCUUUCGCCAAACCCUGCGAGCCCAUGCAGGAUGGUUUCUGGUCCGGUUUCAUCCCCAGCGAGAAGGGCGCCGCAGCCACGACCUUCAUGGUCAACAUCACAAACGCCUCGCAACCGCUCUGGUUCUACUGCUCUCGCGCCGAGCAUUGCCAGGAUGGUAUGGUCGGUGUCAUCAACGCUCCUACUAGCGGCCAGAAGACCCUUGCAGCCUUCAUGAAGGCGGCAGCCAACGCUACCAACAACACCUCACCUGUCACCACUGCCGGAGCUGGAGGCAUGCUCAUGAACGGUACCACCAUGAACGGCACAGCAGGCACCGGCGCUGCAUCAAUGAUGUCCGCGAGCAAUUACGCUCUCGGCACCGUAGCCAUCGGCAUGCUCGCUUCCUUCAUGCUAUAA